GCUCCCUGCAGAAGAAGGAAAGUCCCUCUGGGAGUUGGUGCUGGAGCAGUUUGAAGAUCUCCUCGUCCGCAUCCUUUUGAUGGCAGCUUUUCUGUCCUUUAUCCUGGCCUGGUUUGAGGAAGGAGAGGAGACCACGACGGCGUUUGUGGAGCCCAUUGUCAUCAUUAUGAUCCUGAUUGCCAACGCCGUGGUGGGCGUGUGGCAGGAGAGGAACGCCGAGAGUGCCAUCGAGGCCUUGAAGGAGUACGAGCCCGAGAUGGGGAAGGUGAUCCGGGCUGACCGCAGUGGGGUGCAGCGGAUCCGCGCCCGGGACAUUGUCCCCGGGGACAUCGUGGAGGUGGCAGUUGGUGACAAGGUGCCAGCAGACAUCCGGGUCAUCGAGAUCCGUUCCACCACCCUGCGGGUCGACCAGUCCAUCCUCACAGGGGAGUCUGUGUCGGUGAUCAAACAUGCUGACCCCAUCCCUGACCCUCGGGCUGUCAACCAGGACAAGAAGAACAUGCUUUUCUCUGGCACCAACAUCGCAGCUGGGAAGGCCGUGGGGGUCGUCAUUGCAACGGGGGUGUACACCGAGAUCGGGAAGAUCCGAAACCAGAUGGUGGAGACCGAGCCCGAGAAGACGCCCUUGCAGCAGAAGCUGGACGAGUUCAGCCAGCAGCUCUCCAAGGUGAUCUUCCUGGUGUGCAUCGCCGUCUGGGUCAUCAACAUCAGCCACUUCAGCGACCCCGUCCACGGCGGCUCCUGGUUCCGGGGGGCCAUCUACUACUUCAAGAUUUCGGUGGCGCUGGCGGUGGCCGCCAUCCCCGAGGGCCUCCCGGCCGUCAUCACCACCUGCCUGGCGCUGGGCACGCGCCGCAUGGCCAAGAAAAACGCCAUCGUCCGGAGCCUGCCCUCGGUGGAGACCCUGGGCUGCACCUCCGUCAUCUGCUCCGACAAGACCGGCACCCUCACCACCAACCAGAUGUCCGUCUGCCGGAUGUUCAUCAUGGAGAAGGUGGAGGGCAACCAGUGCAGCCUGCACGAGUUCAGCAUCACCGGCUCCACCUACGCCCCUGAGGGACAGAUCCUGAAGGAUGAGCAGCCAGUGCAGUGUGGGCAGUACGACGGGCUGGUGGAGCUGGCCACCAUCUGUGCCCUCUGCAACGACUCCUCGCUGGACUACAAUGAGUCCAAAAAAGUCUAUGAGAAGGUGGGGGAAGCCACUGAAACAGCCUUGACGUGCCUGGUGGAGAAGAUGAACGUGUUCAACACGGACCUCAGCAAACUCUCCAAGGUGGAGAGAGCCAACGCCUGCAAUUCGGUGAUCAAGCAGCUGAUGAGGAAGGAGUGCACCCUCGAGUUCUCCCGUGACCGCAAGUCCAUGUCUGUGUACUGCACACCCACCAGCCCUGGCAACAACUCCACUGGCAGCAAGAUGUUUGUCAAGGGCGCCCCGGAAAGCAUUGGCAUCGCCAUGGGGUCGGGCACGGCCGUGGCCAAGUCGGCUGCUGAGAUGGUGCUCUCCGACGACAACUUCUCCACCAUCGUGUCGGCCGUCGAGGAGGGCAGAGCCAUCUACAACAACAUGAAGCAGUUCAUCCGCUAUCUCAUCUCCUCCAACGUCGGGGAGGUCGUUUGCAUCUUCCUGACAGCCAUCCUGGGCUUGCCCGAGGCCCUCAUCCCUGUGCAGCUGCUGUGGGUGAACCUGGUGACGGACGGGCUGCCGGCCACCGCGCUGGGCUUCAACCCCCCCGACCUGGACAUCAUGGAGAAGCAGCCCCGCAACCCCAAGGAGCCCCUCAUCAGUGGCUGGCUCUUCUUCCGCUACCUGGCCGUCGGAGUGUACGUGGGCCUGGCCACGGUGGGAGCAGCGACCUGGUGGUUCCUGUACGACGCCGAGGGACCACAGGUCUCCUUCCAUCAGCUGAGGAACUUCAUGAGGUGCACUGAGGACAACCCCAUCUUUGAAGGAAUCGACUGUGAGAUCUUCGAGUCCCGAUACCCAACCACGAUGGCUCUGUCCGUGCUGGUGACAAUCGAAAUGUGCAACGCUCUGAACAGUGUCUCUGAGAACCAGUCGCUGCUGCGGAUGCCACCGUGGCUCAACAUCUGGCUGCUGGGGGCCAUCAUCAUGUCCAUGGCUCUGCACUUCCUCAUCCUCUAUGUCAAGCCCAUGCCUCUCAUCUUCCAGGUGACCCCCCUGAGCUGGCCGCAGUGGGUGGUCGUGCUGAAGAUCUCCCUGCCCGUGAUCCUGCUGGAUGAAGGACUCAAGUACCUUUCCCGCAACCACCUGGACGGCAUUCUCAGGACAGUAAGACCCGAGUGGAGCGGGGAGCACCAGUUGAAAACCUGCAAGACUCCAGAGCAAGGGAGAAGAGGACAAGAAAUGAAUGACACAAAGGCAACACUCUGAACUGAAGGAUCCCUAACUUGUAACUCGGACUGAAGUCUUGCAUGUGUGACCAUCACUAGAAGCCAGCAGGACAUGCAUGUGUCCGACUAUCAGACAAAUGCGGGUGAAUCGUCGAAAAGAAAAAUACUGAUUUUUGUUUUGUUUCGUAGCUUUCUUUUUCCUGUACAUACGAGUGCAAUUACUGGACAGCUGGCGUUGGGUUUGGGGAUGGAGCUGUGUGGACCUGGGUCGUUGCAGCGCGGUUCCUUGGGGAUUUGUUCCUGCCAAAUUUGAGAUCCUCUUUCCAAUUUUCGCCCUCGCCGGGUGAGCUCAGGCAGGGCAUCCUCCACGAAGGGGGGCAGUCGGGGUUUUGGGCACAGAUGGGAGGCUGCAUCCCCCAAGGGGAUGGGGCGAACGAGGGCAGCUUCUGGGGCCAGAAAGGGCUUGGCAGUGGGUGAGGGCAGGGAGAGAGGUGAGGGGGUCGUGUGUUGGGGUCUCUGACCCUUGAUGAUUUCAUCACUGCUGCUCUACUGGCCACUCUGGUGGCCACAGCAUCUGGGAAUACCUUCAGAGUGUGCCCAACAGUGGUGUGGGUCUCACAGAUGUGUGUUUGUACAUUGAGAUCAGGUGCCUGUGGUGGAAGGCAAAGUUCUCCCUAUUUAUCGUGCUGUCCUGUUUGAUCCCUGCGUUGUGGAAAGCCCAGCACCUUCUCAGGCUCAUCCAACACCAAAGCAUGACGUAGCCUUGUCUGUCCUUCUCCAUCCCCCACCUUCUCACAUCCCAUCUGCACUAUAUGAACCACCCUCCUCCUCGUAGGGGCAGACAUGUAAAGCAAAGCAGACACCCACCUUUGCAUUCCUCAUGUCCACCACUCCCUCCUGGUCACACUUUCAUCCCUCAGUGGAUUUUUAACUACUUCCCUAGCAGGAGUAGAGCUUAAGUCUUCAGGAGCAUGUCCAUGGCUUCGUGUCCUCUGCUUUGGAGAACAUCACUGUCUUGCACAGGGCAUCCUUGCCAAGGGAUCAAGAUGGGAAUGAAUGUAUGCUUGUACAUAACGUGGUCUUUCUCCGUGGGUGGUGUUUGUUGUGGCAUCCCUUUUUGUAAGGCACCAAGUCUAUUUUGCCCUCUUGGGAUUUUUCUGCAGCAGGAGCAAGACAGGCUGCAGUGAGGGUUGGUAGAUCAGGAGUGGGUUUGGGAUCCAGUGAAUUGAUCUGUCUCCAUCAAACCACAUCAGCUGAGAAGCUGAGAGUGGGUGGUUUCUUCUCCUGCUCUCCAAAUCCUCCCUCCUGUUUUCCUCAUGGUCCCCUAUGAUCCAUCCUGAUAAUAUUUAACUAGCCAGAGCCUUUCCUUUCUCUUACAUUCCAGCAGCAGCACUAGAGCCAGGGUUUGGGGUAGCAUUUUGCUCCUUCGCUGUUGGGUUUUUUCUUCUACUUUUUGCCUCUUAAAAGCUUCCAGUGCUUUUCUGUUUCACCUGGGCAAGAGCUACUCUUCUUCUGUACAGUAGGUGCCAAAUAUCAUCCCUCCUUUCUUUUCUCCAUCACCAGCAUUGAAGAUGAGCAGAGCCCCCAGACCAAUGGGAAUGUACAGAAUUGUUAUACUACUGAGCUGAUUUAUUGUACAGAAAACCUUGCAUGAAAUGUUGUUACUGUAUUUAAUAUAUAAUGUAUUCAAGGAAUUUUAAUAUGGAGCUCUUUAAAAAGAUCUUUAUAGAUACUCUGUGGUUAGAAGAUUGUUGCUGAUUUUUUUUUUUUAAAUCUUAUUAUACUUUGUCUUGAAGAA